AAGUUGGCAGCAAUGGCGCAAUACAAGGUGUGGCAAGUGUUUCUAUACGAGAGGAGCAACGAAACGAAAACAAUAAUUGUCAAUGACCAAAUAAUUUGAAUCGAUCGACUUCACGUCUCCGUGAGCCAAGAGCCAAGAGACCAUGUCGGUGGAUAAACAAGAAUAUCACAGGGCUUCUAACGCCGUUGUUUUUGGCGGAGGGCUCACCUUUGUAUCAUUACUCCUCUUAAUGAUGGCUUUUAUAAGCCCGUAUUGGAUAGAAUCAUAUGAGGAGACAUUCAGCAAUUUUAAACACAUGGGACUCUGGGAAUAUUGUUUUGAACAAUUUCGUUAUCCCUAUUACCAGUUUGACAAGCAAUUUGAUGGCUGCCAUCACAUCUUUUCACAAGAAUAUUAUGUUAUAAGAGAGUGGCUGCUGCCAGUGUGGCUCAUGAUUGUACAAGCGUUUGUCACACUGGCUUUAUUACUUUCUUUCUUUGCUUUCUUUGUGAUAAGCCUAAUCUGGAUACGUUGGCCGUUGAGAUUUGUCCUGCAUUACGAAUGGAUUCUGUCAUCUGUCGCGUUCAUAUGCGACGCAAUUGCCGGUGUGCUUCUCUUCUUGGCAGUAGCCAUAUUCGGUGGGCAAUGUUGGCGUCGGGAUUGGUUAAUGUAUCCAAAUUACAAUCAUUUGUCGUGGUCGUAUGGUCUUGCGGUUGUAUCAUUCAUGUUGCAUAUAUUUGCUGCAUUCUUUUUAUAUCUAGAUGCGCGGACUGGUUACAAAUUGCGCAAAGAAUCUCGCAAUCUGGUAAUGCAAAUGCAACCGAAUCCUCAGUCUCAUCAUAGUCUGCCACGAAGCGGAUAUAUAUAAUAUUAAACCGUAUUUGACAGAAAGUUUUUGCACAAAGUUUUUAUCACUGUUAAACUUAACAAGAGCGCGAGACUUAUCUUUUAAAAAAUAUAUUUAAUUCAUAAAUAAUUAUAAUAUAACUAUAAUUUCAAUCUGGCCAAUUAAAAUUAAAAAAAAAAAAAAUGUUUUUAGGUAAACUUUUUUAAAAGUUUGGUAAAAGAUAAGCGUGUGCAUUCUCGUCUUUUUCAAUCUAACUACUUUGUGUUCAAUUCUCUUAAACUAAUUCGCUCUUAUGCGUAAUAUCCGUCCAUUGUUAUACUCACAUAUAAGAUAAAUUUUUUUAUCUUACAAUUUUUUUAUACAUAUACGUAUUUUUAAAAAAUAUUAUAUAUAAUACUUUUGUGUACAAAAGAGUUGAAAUUAUAUAACAAUUUUAUAGAUAUGUAAGAUAAUAAUAAAUAAAGAGAGAAAAUAUUCGUUUUCGUAAAUAAA